AUCUUUCCCUGGCACUGUCGGAGGCAUGUUUUCCCUGCAGACUAGACAUGUACCUGGCCAAGGUAUUGAGAUUCGUUUGCCAUGCUUUGGGAGAGUCAAGUCUAUUUAAAUAUUCCAGUGGGAGCCUCCGUAGGGAGUCUUAAACCUUCCAUCUGCCUUGCCAGAUCGAUCGUUCCAAGCAAAUUGCGGCUUCAAGUUGUGUGAGAGAGACUGAGGAUAUAAUUUCACUUCUCCAUGUUCUGCUAAGGUUGCUGAGGAAGGUGGCUCAUAAAAAGAACUCAGCAGUUUUUUACAGAGGCGUUGAUCCUUGUUUGAGAUCAUUUCUUGGGAGAAUUAGCCAAGAAUCACGGGAAGAACUAUUCUCACAUUGCGUAAAUGGAAGGAUUCCUCAAUCAGCAUGGCGAAGAAUACAUAUCAGUGAAGAAGGUGAUGUUGAAACAGGAAGAAACUUUCAGGCACCAGGUCCAGGAACUUCAUCGCGUGUACCAAAUUCAGAAAUUGUUGAUGAAAGAAGCACAACCAAACCGCAAACCCUCGAAACAAACAAAUCAAACUAACUCAGACAAGUGCACACCUGAACACUCUGAUGAACUGAAAGUUGAUGCUGAUGAAGAGGGUGACUUGGAGCUGACACUUGCCACCGGCAGUAGAACUCAAUGGAAGAAGAAAAGUGCUUCAUACAUUUCAGACUCGGGAUCAGGUUUUUCUUCAACCUCAGGCGACUCAGCAGGUAGGAGGCAGACGAAGAGUGUCUGGCCUCUGACACAUGAUUCUAUAAGAUUCAUAGAAAGGAAGAAUACAGGUUUGAAGAUUGAGAAAAUGAAACAGGAUGAACUGAAGCAGCCUUCUUGGCUCUUCCUCUGCAAUAAGCAACAUAGCAUGGUAGCUUCUUUAGGAUUGUAAUGAAAACAUGAAACAUAUUCGAUCUGUAACGUCCUCAUUCAAAAACCUUACAAUUCAUUCUACAAUGCAGAAAAAGGUUGGAGUUCUGUAAACGCAAAGCAUGCAGAAGUUAGCAUUCUCUGAAGA